AUGAACAAAGAAACAUUUAAGCCAAUUGAAAAUUUGCAAAGACUGGACAACCAUCCAUUUUUUGGGGCCUUGAAAGCCGUCGAAACUGAUUUGCGACUGGGACAGCAAUGGGACGAGCUGAAAAUUCACAUAGUUCACAUGUAUUCAGAGGAGGAACGGCCAUUGCUCUCUGGAGUCCCGAAAACAGGCUUGUUACAAAAAAAGCUGCAAUACGUUUUCCCAGUUUUUCUGCACGAACAUGUUUCCAUAAAAAUGCUUAGUGCAAUAUUUGAUUCGAUGAAAACCCAAAAUCUUUUGCUCGCACAGGACGAACGUGGCCUGUCGGGUAAAGAAUCUUACAUAUAUCUGGGAAUCGUUUGUUCGGAUUCUACAGUGGUAUACUACAAAGUAACAGACGGACUGAUGAAGCCGCGUCAAAAUGAUGAAAAUUAA